AUGGAAGAUCUCAAUAUUGAACAACUUAUCUCUAGACUUAUUACUGCUCCUUCUAAUAACAUACUUCGUGAAAUGUCAUAUUGUCUUAUUGAAGCACAAGAUAGUGAUUUUGAUACAUUGAUUGCUACAUUAUUUCAUCCAUUAUUUACUCUGGAAACUUGGGCAUGGGAAGUUUUAAGUAGAGAUUCUCGACAAUGGAAUAAUGAUGAACAAGAAUGUUUUGAUUUAUUUCAUAAUAUUUCAAAUUUUAAUAAAAAAAUAAUUUUAAGUAAUAAUGAUGUACAUACAAAAGGAUCUCUUCUUCUUCCGGCUAAUACUGAUAUUAUUGAUGGAGUAUUUGAACAAUUCAAAAAACGAAACGAUGAAAAUGAACGUUUUUUAUCAAUAAUUUAUUUAUGGUUUGAUAAUCUUUCGUUGUUAAUGCGUGAACAUAUAGAAUUUGCUUCAGCAUCUAUAAUAAUUUAUAUUAAUGAACGUAUUACAUCUGAUAUUAUUAUGACUGAUCAGUUUAAAAUUUAUCUGAAUGAAUUACAAGAUCCAUGUCCGUUAUUUACAAUGAAACAAGUUUUUUAUAUUAAAACAUGUUCAUUUUUAUUAGGGGAAUAUUUAUGUUCGAAACCGCAUGACUUUCCUCAUAAUGGACAAGAAAUUCUAGAAUAUCUUGCUGAGGAUUAUACAAAUAUUAUACUCAUUCAUAGUAAAACAAUAUUAUCAUGGAGUAAAGAUUUACUUUCAUGUAUUACACAUUUGAUUGGUCUUAUUACUGCUUGUCAUUUAUGGAUUGGUACUAAAGAAGAGAUUCUUAAAAUGUUUAUGAUUUCUGAUAAAACUAUAUAUGACUAUAUUGAAUCAUUAAUUGAUAUCCUUCAUCAUCAAACAUGUCAUGAACGAAAUCGUCCUCAAUUAUUAAAUGAUGAAUCAAUACUUAAUUUAGUUGAUAUACUUUUGAAAUAUGAUGUUAUAAACAAUGAUCGAUUUUAUUUACGAAUCUAUAGGCUCCAAUCAAAAAUUCUUUCUGAAAAACAAAUUAAAAAAUCAAAUAUAGUUAAUAAGAUAAAUAAAAUUUUCUUUUAUUAUCUUGAUCAAGCAUGGAAAAGUCCAUUGAAAAAAUAUAACACAAUACCCAUUGAAGAAUUACUAGAAGGUCUUUUAACUUUAUCUCAAUAUGAUACUAUGAAAAAUCCUAUCGCUGAUUCAAAUGAACUACAAUUUUUAAUUGAAAAAUCUGAUGAAUAUCCAAUAAUUUAUGAUAUUCUAUGGUCUUUAUCGUUUGAUAUUCGUAUUCAAGCUGAACUUCGUUUAAAUCAAACAUUGAAAAAUAAAUUAGAAAGUAACUAUACUAAUGAACAAAUACAAAAUAUUAUUUAUGGAAUACAAUGGAAUUUAAAUUCCAAUAAUAUGCAAAUAAAUACUGAUACUAAUAAAGCCAAAUAUGAUGUAAUGAUAAGUUAUUCCCAUGAAGAUAAAUCAAUAUGUACACAAUUAUAUCAUGAACUUAUUCAAAAAGAUUUUAAAGUGUUGAUAGACUUGAAUGAUAAACAUCAUAAUAUAAUGGAUGCAAUGGUUCAAGCUGUUAAACAAUCUUUUACUAUAAUUGUUUGUAUAAGUAAACACUAUAAACAAAGUAAUUAUUGUCGAGCUGAAGCACAAUAUGCUUUUGGAAGACAAUUAAAAAUAAUUCCAAUAUUAAUUGAUAAUUCUUAUAAACCAGAUGGUUGGCUUUCCUAUCUUAUUCGUGGUUUAUCUCUAAUAGAUUUUACAAAAUAUGAAUUUUCUCAUGGAAUGCAAAUCUUAUUAGAUAAAUUAAAAAUUCCACCUAUUAGUGUUCUUAGUACUCUUGUUGUACGUCAACCGCUACAAAAUGUUACUAACGUAUCUUUAUCAACAUUGGAUUCAACAGAUAUGUGUCAAUGGACACCAAAUGAUGUUCAACAGUGGUUAAUUCAAAAUAAUCUUUCACAAAUGACAGAUUGUUUAUCAGGUUUAAAUGGUUCAUAUUUAAUUCGUUUGAGUAAAGAUAUAGCAAAGAAUUCACCACAAGAAAAUCUUAAUUUAUUUCAAGAACAUUCAAUGAAAAAAAGAGGAAAAGAUAUUUCAUUAAUAGAUAUAUCUAGAUUGCAAACUCUAAUUGAAGAACACAUUCAAAAACCUACAACAACGAAACAAUGGAGUCCAAAACUGUGUUGUCGAAUGAUGUAA